UGGUAACGCGUCUAAGAACAAAUUACAUCUGAAUUUAGGCUAAUGAAUGUUAAUGUUAGGAGUAGUGUCAUAAUAGGAGCUUUGACAGUGUCUGAGUCGACAAAUCUUCAACGUAUGUUUGCCUGUGAGUCAACCUGAGGGUAAAACUGUCUCUGAGUGGGCUCGUCUGUAAUGUGUUUACGCAGCGGAGGUUGACAGUCAGGCCUGCUACCUGCUGUUAGCCGCACCACUGACUGCAACAAACCACAGCGGACACUAAAAGUAGAUUGGUCGGACAGUAAUGAAUUGAGACAACAAUGGAGACCCAAGACCAUGCCAGCGAGGGCGAUCCUCUGAAGAGAGGAGAAGAUGGGGCGGAGGCAGGAGCUGCACCCUCAACAACAGAGCUGAAGAAGAAGAGUUGUAAAGAAGCCCUCGGCUUUGCCAAAUUAACGCAUUGGCGGACCGCAGUCUUUUUCCUGUCCCUGUUCCUCUGCCUCACCAUAGUGUUUGCCUUCUCCUUUAUCAUCCCCUGUCCUGUGAGACCACAGUAUCUUAUUACCUGGAACAGGACUUUCUAUGAAGCAGCAACCUAUGACUUCUUAGCUAUUGAGGACGCAAACAGCGACAAGGUGAUGGAUGUCCUGUUUGUCUUUAAAGACGCCGUAGGCAGCCAGAACCAAUCAUGUGCAGAUGCAGGUCUGCCCUCGCCGUGUGUGUUUUUGUCAGCGGUGGACGGCACAGACGGCAAGACGCUGUGGGAGCUUCCGCUGCACCCCGACUUCCGCUGGGCUCAGUGCGGUCUGAAAAAAGAGUCAGGCAGACCCUGGGACUGUCUGCUGUCCCAUUCUGAUCAACUCACAGCCGUGGACAAAAUCACUGGUGGUGUCAUUUGGCAGCAGCCCCAGCCUACUGGUCUGCACAGCUCUUUGCCUGUUCAUAGUGUCCCUGAUCUGGACGGAGACAAAGUCAGUGACAUGGCUCUGGUGGCAUCAGAUAACACGCAGACUCAGCUGGUGUUGCUCUCAGGAAAAACAGGCGACCAAAUCGGCUCCACUGUUGUCGUCGACUCCACAGACACAGCCAAUCAUCUUCUUCAUCGCACGUCAGACGGUUCUUACUAUGUGCUACUGCAAAAAGACACUGGUUUGUAUGGACUGGCUCUGGGGAAGAUUGCCGCUAAAGCAGGGAUGGAGGAUGGACUCAAGACGGACAAACACUGGGAGAGAAAUGCCAGUUCCACAUCUGGACUCGUACCCAUCUAUGAAUCUGAUGUGAUAAGCCACGUGAUCAGAAUACAAGAAAUGCAGGACACAUCCAACUUGCUGGUCGUGACUGAGAACGAAGUGGCUGUAAUUGAUGGAAAAAUGCUGGUACUGUGGAGAUUCAAUACCAGCUCAGUCCUCAGUAAGCCCUCCUUCGGUUACUUUAACAAGGAUGAAGUGCUAGAUGUCGUGGUGGAGGAAGGUAUCGGCAACAACACUAAGAGGAUUGUAAUUCUUGAUGGGAAGUCAGGCGGCGUGCUUUGGGAAGUUAACCUUCUAGCCAGUCCCAACUCUCCAAGACCCGCCUCAGUACACACCACUAACUUAUUCUCAGUGUUCAUGUUUUGGGGCAUGGUGCCCUCAGAGUCCAACUCAUCCGUAUCGUCCUCUAGUGACCGACGCUCUUACAUGCUGCUCCCUCUCUAUUCCAAAGUGCUCCUGGAGUCAUCCAAUGUCAUGGACCACAUCAUAACAUUCAAAGCUACGCUGAUGGAGCGUGGACGCCAUGCUGCUUACUUCCUGCUGACGGGUCCUGAGAAGGAGGGAGCUGAAGGCACCGUGGUCCUCAGCAAGCGGAAGCUGAAGCAGGACAUCCCUGAAAGCAAGGUACUCCGCCUUGGCACCGGUGGGACCUCACAGACCAACGAGGAAAUCAAAGAGGCCUUCAAUCGCCUCCGCUUCCAAGACUAGUGAAAAGACCAGCUGUAGCGUUUGCAGUAUUUUUUCAACUACUCUGGCGUGGCCCGCUGUAUAUUGACUCGAGUUUAAAAAAAAAAAAAAAAAGUGUUUAUACUAGUUAUGACAUUCUAACUGCUGACCACCAAAGAAAUACUGUUGUAUGUAAGGGACUUUAGCUUGACUUGAUUUGACAGUGUUCUUUCUUUUCUGUACUGUCAAAUAUUUAUUUAAUAUAUCCAGAAAGCUACUACUGUUAGCUGACAAUCAGUCCGCACAAACUGCUGUCCUCCUGCUGAUUAAUCAUCAAGCCUGUCUCGGAUGUACUGUUUGUAGCACUUUCAUGCAUCGAUGCUCUUAAAAUGGCAGAGGCUGGAUUAUUAUGUCGAUCUAUGCAACCUGGUAUGCCGCCCUGUGCUUUAAAGGUAGCAUAUGCAUGCCACCACAGGGGUUAGUUCCUGUGUAUUUCAGACGAGGGUUAGUUAACUUUGAGUAAACUAUCUCCAGCUGUACUGAUGUACACUGAAACUUGAAAUACAACAGAAACCCCACCAGCUUUAAGAUAAACACUACAGUUAUGUUUUUUUUUGUUGUGUAACUAAGUAGGAAAAGCCUUGUAGUCAAUGGUACUGUUGCUGACAAUCAGUACAUACAUGUCCAUUAUUUACCUAAUCCAAGAUGCUGUAACGUGAUGAACCUACACUCUAUGGUGAAUCUCAAUAGGUCACUACAAUACUGAGUUAAUGCUGUUAUAAUAUUGACUUAUUGUGGUGCAUGUACAACUCCUUAGAAAACUGUUAUUAGGGAAAUAAGGUUUCUUGUUUUUCGCUGAACAUAAUUCUUAUUAUAUUAUAAUAUUCUGUAUUGAACCUGUGGAACGGGGCCUUUUACUGGAGCUGACUUUUCUUUCUGACUUGUAAUGAAAUGUAUUGAAUCUGAGAAAUAUUAAAACUUUUUUUUUUUUUUUUUUAAAUAAUGGCUUUGGUUUAAUGUCAAAGAUGUCUCAAUAUAGGAGCAAAAGCAGUGAAAGUGCCAAAGUCGUAUCGUUGUGUAGUUGGAGACUGAGUCCAGAGCAAGUUAAUGUUAACAGUAAAAUAACUUGAAUCUGCUUCUUUUACCUUCAUCUGACUCAUCAAUAGAGCAGCGUACUGCGUUUAAGCUGCUGAUUUAAGCAGUAACUAUUUUGCGUAUUUUGUAAAGUUGAGAACCAAUUCUGGUUAGUUUUGUGGUUUUCUUUAAAAACAAAUGUGGCAAAAGUAGUAUGGCAUUUAGUGAUUGGCAUGGUAAUUUAAUUAAAACCUGUUUUUGUGAACUAAAA